AUGGGUCUCAAGGCUCGCAGGGCGGCGGGGGUGGCCGGCGGGGGCGGCGGCGAAGGGGGCGGCGGAGGCGGCGGGGCUGCUAACCCCGCUGGAGGGGACUCGGCGGUGGCCGGCGAUGAGGAGCGGAAAGUGGGGCUGGCGCCAGGAGACGUGGAGCAAGUCACCUUGGCGCUAGGGGCCGGAGCCGACAAAGACGGGACCCUGCUGCUGGAGGGCGGUGGCCGCGAAGAGGGUCAGAGGAGGACCCCGCAGGGCAUCGGGCUUCUGGCAAAGACCCCCCUGAGCCGCCCAGUCAAGAGGAACAACGCCAAGUACAGGCGCAUCCAAACUUUGAUCUAUGACGCCCUGGAGAGACCGCGGGGCUGGGCGCUGCUCUACCACGCGCUUGUGUUCCUAAUUGUCCUGGGAUGCUUGAUUCUGGCCGUGCUCACCACCUUCAAGGAGUAUGAGACUGUGUCUGGAGACUGGCUUUUGCUGCUGGAAACGUUUGCUAUUUUCAUCUUUGGAGCUGAGUUUGCUUUGAGGAUCUGGGCUGCAGGAUGUUGCUGUCGAUACAAAGGCUGGCGUGGACGGCUAAAGUUUGCCAGGAAGCCCCUGUGCAUGUUGGACAUCUUCGUGCUAAUUGCCUCUGUGCCAGUGGUUGCCGUGGGAAACCAGGGCAAUGUCCUGGCCACCUCCCUGCGAAGCCUCCGCUUCCUGCAGAUCCUGCGCAUGCUUCGAAUGGAUAGGAGGGGUGGCACCUGGAAGCUCCUGGGCUCGGCUAUCUGUGCCCACAGCAAAGAACUCAUCACUGCCUGGUACAUCGGCUUCCUGACACUCAUCCUUUCUUCAUUUCUUGUCUACCUGGUGGAAAAGGAUGUGCCAGAGAUGGAUGCCCAAGGAGAGGAGAUGAAAGAGGAGUUUGAGACCUAUGCAGAUGCUCUGUGGUGGGGCCUGAUCACACUGGCCACCAUUGGCUAUGGGGACAAGACACCUAAAACCUGGGAAGGACGUCUGAUUGCUGCCACCUUUUCUUUAAUCGGCGUCUCCUUUUUUGCCCUUCCAGCAGGCAUCCUUGGCUCAGGACUGGCACUGAAGGUUCAGGAGCAGCACCGUCAGAAGCACUUUGAGAAGAGAAGGAAGCCAGCUGCUGAACUCAUCCAGGCUGCCUGGAGAUAUUAUGCUACCAACCCCAACAGGAUGGAUCUGGUGGCAACCUGGAGAUUUUAUGAAUCAGUUGUCUCUUUCCCAUUCUUCAGGAAAGAACAACUGGAAGCAGCAGCCAGCCAAAAGCUGGGUCUCUUGGAUCGGGUUCGCCUUUCUAAUCCUCGUGGUAGCAAUACUAAAGGAAAGCUAUUUACCCCUCUGAAUGUAGAUGCCAUAGAAGAAAGCCCUUCCAAAGAGCCAAAGCCCGUUGGCUUAAACAAUAAAGAACGUUUCCGCACGGCCUUCCGCAUGAAAGCCUAUGCUUUCUGGCAGAGUUCUGAAGAUGCUGGGACAGGCGACCCCAUGACAGAGGACAGGGGCUAUGGGAAUGACUUCCUCAUUGAAGACAUGAUCCCCACCCUAAAGGCUGCCAUCCGAGCUGUCAGAAUUCUACAAUUCCGUCUGUAUAAAAAAAAAUUCAAGGAGACAUUGAGGCCUUAUGAUGUAAAAGAUGUGAUUGAGCAGUAUUCCGCUGGACAUCUUGACAUGCUAUCCAGGAUAAAGUACUUACAGACAAGAAUAGAUAUGAUUUUCACCCCUGGACCUCCAUCCACUCCAAAACAUAAGAAGUCUCAGAAAGGGUCAGCAUUUACCUACCCAUCCCAGCAGUCUCCAAGGAAUGAACCAUUUGUAGCCAGAGCAGCCACAGAAACUGAAGACCAAAGCAUGAUGGGGAAGUUUGUAAAAGUUGAAAGACAGGUUCACGACAUGGGGAAGAAACUGGACUUCCUCGUGGACAUGCACAUGCAGCAUAUGGAGCGCCUGCAGGUACAUGUCACCGAGUACUACCAAACUAAGGGGGCCUCCUCCCCAGCAGAAGGGGAGAAGAAAGAAGACAGCAGGUAUUCUGAUUUGAAAACCAUCAUCUGCAACUACUCAGAGACAGGGCCCCAGGACCCUCCCUACAGCUUCCACCAGGUGCCCAUCGACAGAGUUAGCCCCUAUGGGUUCUUUACACAUGACCCUGUGAAACUGACUCAAGGGGGACCCAGUUCUACAAAGGCUCAGGCCAACCUUCCCUCCUCGGGAAGUCCAUACGCAGAGAGGCCCACAGUUCUGCCCAUCUUGACUCUUCUGGAUUCAUGCGUGAGCUACCACUCCCAGACAGAACUGCAAGGUCCCUAUUCGGACCACAUCUCACCCCGCCAGAGACGCAGCAUCACUAGGGACAGUGACACACCUCUUUCCCUCAUGUCCGUCAACCACGAGGAACUGGAGCGGUCUCCAAGUGGCUUCAGCAUCUCCCAAGACAGAGAUGAUUAUGUAUUUGGCCCCAGUGGGGGAUCGAGCUGGAUGAGGGAAAAGCGGUACCUGGCUGAAGGAGAAACGGACACAGACACAGACCCCUUCACACCCAGUGGUUCCAUGCCUGUGUCAUCCACUGGGGAUGGUAUUUCAGAUUCCAUAUGGACCCCUUCCAACAAGCCCACUUAG